CGCGGUUCACCACCUGCUUGUUCGCCGACCCAAAAUAUUGUCUUUCCCCUUUGCGCGACCACCUUUCCCCUGGCGACAAUGAGAAUAAACACACGGCUAGGUUGACCAUCUUGGCCUCAUAGCUUUGUAAAGCUCGUGUCGCUAUUUCUACCCCCUUCUCGUACUGUUAUGACGCGACUAGUCGCCAAAUCGCAUCGCAAGAAAAUGCAGCUGCGCGCAGCUUGACAACAUUACCAUCACCACCACUGUUGCCACCACUAACUACGAACGUGGCCACAACCCCAAGUCGCCAUGGAAUACAACCGAUCGCCAUCCUUCGGUCUCGGCGCUCGAGCGAACCGUCGCGCUUCUACUCAAUCGACUAUCGACGAGGAAGGCCGUAAACCGUUAUUCUCCAAACCCUCCCGAGAGAGCCUCGAGCCUCAGAAUCCCUCCCCGGCUGCAGCAGGAAGCAACAGGUUCGGAUACUCGCCAACGAACGUCCAAACCAGUGCGACCGGCCGACCUCCCUCUCGCGCCGCGAUCCCCCGACCCUCGAGCUCCCUUUCGCAGACCCCGUCCCUCAACUCCAACCACUCCAUCGAGAUCGUCUCUCCCGGCUCUCGCAUUCCCAGGCCCAAAUCCACAAUUGGUAUUUUCGCAAAAGGCUCCGGGGUCUCCGUCGCCGAGGCCUGGAAGCUAGCGGACGAGAAUCGUGUACAGACUCUCGAGAAGGCGAGACGAGCUACUCCCGCAGCCAUCGACGCAUCGCCAAGCCCCGCCCCACGCCCCUAUACCAAUCGACAGGUUUCCGACGAGUCGAAGUCGCGGCGAUCCCUAGGCAAAGAUGCGGUUGACUACAGCCGGCCCAGACCCCUCUCGAGGAUGUCGAGCGACUCGUUGCGAGACACCUACGUGGGACGGUACGGCGGUAGUCCAGGCUCCAACAGUCUCUCUAGCUCUGGAAGCUUCGAUCGUCGACUGAGUCAAUACGAGCGUGAGAUGGCCGAGUCGCCGAGCGCGUCUCGGGAUCAGGAUCACUUCUUUGGUAAGACCAGAGUGGGGCCAAAGAUUGCCGAGACAGGACACACCCUGGCGAGGAGAACAAGCAACAGCAGCCUUAACGGGUCUCAGAGUGUGAACCGGCGGGCUAGUAAUGGCAGCUUGAAUGGUGGCCCGGGCUUGGGUAGGAGGACAAGCUACGGCAGUUUGAGCGCCAGCCCGCGUCCCGGAGCAUUCGCAAAGAGCCAUGUUCCUGAAGGACACAUAAAGGAGCUUCUGGAGCAGGAUGAGAAGGGUAUCAAGCGAUCCGCCAGGCCGAAACCAGACGAUGAGGUUGCAGCCGACACACCGUUGCCCUCUGUAGAGACCUCUCGUCUGCCUCAGGAGCCCACUCCACCAACAUCUCGCCCGGCUUCUACGAACCCGGAUUACCGAUCCCCGGACAAGAGUUACGCCUGGCAGCUCGACGCGGAUUUCACGGCGGGAGACUUGCAGAUUUCAGACAGUCCACGGAUAAGAACCGGUGGCGCUGGCUUCAGCGAAGCGUCCGACCGACGAUCGUCUUACGGCAGUGCUUAUGCUGAAGAGCAGCUUUUGGGAUUGAACGGAAAUCUCAGGCGGGAGUCACCGCUAGGGCCUUCUCCUCGGGCUGGGCGCUCUAAUACUAGGAUCGACGAGAUUCGUCAGCGGGAAGAGAAAGCCAAGGAGGAGCUUGCCGAGUCGCGAAAGGCGCUGCCAAGGGCUAGGAAUAACACAAGGCUGGAGGAGAUUCGCGAGAGAGAGGCAGAGGCAGAGGAGCAGUUGGCCAAACUACCGCGACGCUCCUACUACCCGACACCCGAUGAUUUACCAGACCGUGAAGAAGUCGAUACACAAGCCCCGCCAAAGAACACGAAACUCGACGAGAUACGAGCCCGAGAAGCCGAGUCAUUGUCUAAGAAGGCCAUCGCCACUAGCCGAUUGGAGGACAUUAGGGAACAGAACUCAAUGAUGUCAAGAUCCAUGUCACCGGAAGGUCGGCGAAGUGGGGACUUCGCGAGAGAGUCGACGCCUAUCCGAGAGGCAGCUGCGGAGUCAGUAUGGCCCACAGAGGACGGCGAGCACAUCGCCAACACGCCUGUCACAAUCUAUCGCAACUCGCCGGUGCGGGAGCGAAACAAAUCGCUGUCUGAGUCGCCAGCGAGCCGGAACGAGCGGGCGAGUCCCAAGCCUGCGAGGCCACUAGGUGCGCAUGCGCGAACAGACUCGAGGGAUUUGUUGCAGAGGCUCGCGAGAGCUGCGAGUAGCAGUCCUGCUCCUGAGACUAAUAGUCAGCCCGUGGCGAUAGACGAGAAAAAGGGGCCUAGCAUCGAAGACCUCGAGAAGGAGAGGUUGGAAAGGGCGAAUCGAGAGAGAGAGAGAUUGGAGAAGGAGAGACUCAACAGGGAGAAGCUGGAGAAGGAGAGGCUUGAGAGGGAGAAACUCGACAGAGAGAAGCUGGAGAAGGAGAGGUUGGAGAGGGAGAAGAUCGAGACGGACAGGCUCGAGAAGGAGCAGCUCGCUAAGGAGAAGGACGAGAAGGAAAAACUUGAGAAAGAGAAAGUCGAAAAGGAGAAGCUUGACGAGGAGAAACGUGAACAAUUGAAGCUUGAGAUGGAAAGACUCGAGAAAGAAACGUCUAAGGAGACUUCGCAGAGGGCAGAGACACAGCGGCGCAGAAGCGAGGCUAGACGGUCUGCCCCCGAACACGAACCCGAAUCAAACAGCCCACCACGACGGAACCGCAGAGAAACCAUCAAAGUAUCCGAGGCAGCUUCUACCGAAACGAAAGAAACAUAUGACUCCAAGUCCAGUUCCACAGAUCAGCUUAAUGCGCCGAAGACAGGGAGACCUAAGUCUCGCGUGGACUUCGCUGCAAGGCGCCGAGAACGUCGUCAGAAGUCAACCGACUCAGCCAAGGACAACCGUAAGAGCGUUGCCUUGUCGGAUGGUGGUGAUCCUACAGACCGCAUCGAACAAGAGAUGAAGCUUUUCGCACCUGCGGACAAUCAGUCUGAGCGUGGAUCGAGAGCACCUUCUGCGGAGCCUGCUACCGAGGAUGAGGAUAAGGACCUCGCAGGCGAGACUCCCCGGCCGAAGAAAGUCGACCCUCUAUCUCUCCCUACACCUAGAGUGACCGGGGCUUACGUCGAGACACCUGCGACGGUAAAGGUCGAACGGAUCGAGGAGAACACUCUGCCCCCAUUGAAGAGGCCUGACCCAUCUUCGAAUGCUACUUUCGAUAGACCGCAGAGCAGAAGAGGAUCACGGCCGUUGUCAAGGGCAGGUACGUUCUUCAAGGCCACCGAGUCAGGCUCGGAAACGAGCGAUCAGAAGGAGACGGGUGGAACAAGCACGACUUCCAGCCUGCGACGCCGCAACAGAUCAACCUCUCGGCCACGGAAACCUCUGACCAACUCAGUCAAGCCGCCGACAGUCAAGGACGAUAUAAAGGAGCUUCAACGCAUUCAUCAGAUUGAAGACUCAACCUUGGACGAUUUUGAGGAGCUGUUUAACAGGCAGAAGCUUCAGAACGACCCCGACCUGGAUAUCGAGUCGAUGCUCGAUGACAUUGCGGUCAAGAAGGAGGAAGUCGCAGCCAAGCCGAACAUUCCAACAAGUCAGCGAAACCACGAGCUAGAGCAGUACGACAGGAUGAGCAAGACAUUGAAAGACGGGCUUUUCAACAUUCGUACCGCUAAGCAGGGCAUCGAGCGCUUGGAGGGGCAGGUGUCUCACGCUGAGGGCGGCAAACAUGACGAUGCUGCUACACUUGAGAAACUGUCAGAGAAGCAGCCGCUAGCCAAGGGACCGCAUCACCGCCACAACCCGGAUCACGCCCGCGAUUGCCCAGAUUGCGUUCGCCAGACUCCCAUCAAGGAGGUGUCGUACCUUCACCUUCCUGUGCCGAGCCUUUACCGUCGCAAUCCCUUCCGCCUGACAUUCCUCGGGCUAGUGCUCCUCCUUGUCUCGCUUUGGUACGCUGUCGAGUCUGCCAUGUGUGAGGCUUACUGUAGACCAACCUCAUGUUCUUCGACACCUUGCGUUUGGUCACCGACGGAUCCCACGUGGGGUGUUGCAAUUCCUGUGAAGCUCGAUGAAUGGGCCACAGGUGGCUUGGGUCGCCAACUCGCGAAUCAGUACUCCGAGGAGGCGUCAGAUCUUUGGGCUGAUGCGUUGGAUUUUGUGACGGGGACCGAUAUUACGACUAUUGAUAUCAACACACUCGACUUUUACGACAAGCGACAACUCCGCCGUCGUCUUCGCAAGAGGGGACUUGCGAAACGGACAGUUGUCGAGUCAGCUAGCGACAGGGCCAAGUGGGACGCCUGGCACGCCACGCGCGUGGCCAGCGAGAGAGCACAGGAUGCGAGAGAAAUGGGGUACGAUAUCGGGGACGCGGAUGAGAGCCUUGGAGACGAUGAGAUAUUGUGAGAGGAGGUAAUUAUUCCCGCUUAUUGUACAUUACUACUAGUCUUUUACAUGCCACGCUUGCUGCCGGAUGACAGCACGCUGGAUAAGACGCUUUGGGGCACAGAACUCCUUUGGUAAUUAAAGAUCUUUGCAAAUCAAUAUGGACCACACUGCAGACCUUGAUACGUGAUGAAGCCCUGCGUGGGGAUGGAUCUGAUAGGCUGAGUCAAAUCACGUCAACCCGGGCCGAUCGCGGGCUCCGUCGGUUUC